GGCUUCAUCCGGCGCCGGGAAGAGUGAGUGUGGGGCUUUCACAGUGCUUCGAGUGCUUCGUGGUUUCCUCUGCUCGGGUCACUUUUGGGAAGAAUGUCUUCUAUUAAAGGAAGUCCAAAGCAAGAAAUAAUUUCCCAAUUUCACUGUUCAGCUGCAGAAGGAGAUAUUGCCAGGUUAACAGGAAUACUAAGUCUUUCUCCAUCUCUUCUCAAUGAAACUUCUGAAAAUGGCUGGACGGCUUUAAUGUAUGCUGCAAGGAAUGGGCACCCACAUGUUGUCCAAUUUCUACUUGAGAAAGGGUGCGACAGAUCCAUUGUCAAUAAAUCAAGGCAGACUGCACUGGAUAUUGCUAAAUUUUGGGGUUAUAAGCAUAUAGCUAACUUACUAGCUAAUGCUAAAGGUGGGAAGAGGCCUUGGUUCCUAACCAAUGACGUGGAAGAAUGUGAGAAUUAUUUUAGCAGGACGCUACUGGACCGCAAAAGUGAAAAAAGAAAUAAUUCUGACUGGCUACUAGCUAAAGAAAGCCAUCCAGCCACAGUUUAUAUCCUUUUCUCGGAUUUAAAUCCCUUGGUCACUUUAGGUGGCAAUAAAGAAAGUUCCCAGCAGCCGGAAGUCAGGCUUUGUCAGCUGAACUACACAGAUAUAAAGGAUUAUUUGGCUCAACCCGAGAACAUCACCUUGAUUUUCCUUGGAGUAGAACUUGAAAUGAAGAAGGAGUUACUUAAUUAUGUUGGGGAAGUCCCAGGAGGAGAAGAAGAUGGGUUGGUUGCCUGGUUUGCUCUAGCUAUAGAUCCUGUUGCUGCCGAAGAAUUUAAGCAAAGAAAUGAAAAUUGCUAUUUUCUUCAUCCUCCAAUGCCAGCUCUUCUGCAAUUGAAAGAAAAAGAAGCUGGGGUUGUGGCUCAAGCGAGAUCUGUUCUUGCCUGGCACAGUCGAUAUAAGUUCUGCCCAACCUGUGGAAGUGCAACUAAAAUUCAAGAAGGUGGCUAUAAAAGAGCAUGCUUGAAAGAAAAUUGCCCCAGCCUCCAUGGCGUUCACAAUACAUCAUAUCCGAGAGUUGAUCCAGUUGUAAUCAUGCAAGUUAUUCAUCCAGAUGGGACCAAAUGUCUUUUAGGCAGGCAGAAAAGAUUUCCCCCAGGCAUGUUUACUUGCCUUGCUGGAUUUAUUGAACCUGGGGAGACAAUAGAAGAUGCUGUUCGGAGAGAGGUAGAAGAGGAAAGUGGAGUCAAAGUUGGCCAUGUUCAGUAUGUCUCUUGUCAACCAUGGCCAAUGCCCUCCUCCUUAAUGAUUGGUUGCUUAGCUGUGGCAGUGUCUACAGAAAUUAAAGUUGACAAGAAUGAAAUAGAGGACGCCCGCUGGUUCACUAGAGAACAGGUUGUGGAUGUUCUGACCAAAGGGAAGCAGCAGGCGUUCUUCGUGCCGCCCAGCCGAGCUAUUGCCCAUCAGUUAAUCAAACACUGGAUUGGAAUGAACCCCAACCUCUAAGUCAAAUAACCAGACUUUGAGUAUUAACUGAUUUCUAAUACCAUUUAUUCCUCAAGUGAGAUUAGAAGUGUUCAGUGCUCUUUAGAAUGUCACAACACAAAAUAUCAUAUUGGGUUUUUGAAAUAUUUUCAAAGCGUGCUUUCCAUCUUAACCACAGAAUUCAUAUUUUUUAUAAAUUACAGCAUUGCCUCAGAUUUUGUUAAAUCUUAAUCUUUUUCAAACAUUUUUCUUUUGGUCAUGCUCUACAGUUUUAUCUCACAAAACCAUAUUUCUAAUAAGAGGAAUCAUAUUGUAAAGAGGCAUGUUCUAAAAAUGGGAACAAACCUAAAUUUUAGCACCUCUUUUAAGCAUUAGACCAAUCAAUAAGUUCUUUUUUGAGAAAUGAGACAAAAUUAUUUGAAUGAAUUUUGAGCUUUAUUUUUAGUCUUUUCAUUAUCAUAAAGGUCCUUUCAGUUGUCAGUAGCUGAUUUUUGCUGAUCUUCCCAUUGUAAUCCACCUUUUUCUCUUGGUUCCAGUGUUCUAUUGGUGGUACUCUUACAAUGUUGCUACUAGUCUGUUUUGAUCAGUGUUGAGAAUGUUCUAUUUUAACAACUCUACUAGUGAUCAGAAUAUCAUGCCCUCGUGGAAAGAGAGCAUACGUCUGGGGCUACCUCCUUAAGCCUAAAAGUAAUUAAUAUGUCUAUUUAUCUGUUAGUUGUACUCAAAGUUGUUCUUAAGACAAAUCAGGAUUCUCUGCUUUUUCACUGAAAUUAAAACAUUUUGAAAAGAAUUCUCCUCAAAGGUCAGAUAUUAAGUAAAUUCCAGAUAGAGUUACAUAUUUAAUAAAAACACUGGCUUUAGGUCAUUUUGUGAUAAGGGGUAUAUCUGCAUCAGCAAAAAAUCGUAUAAUCAUCAUUACUAAUAAUACUUGUUAAACUCAAAUACAGAAUCUUAUUUUUGGCCUUAUUUCAAGACAUUUUAAGAAGGCUUUAUAGAAUAAAUGUAUCUUAGAACUGAGUCAGUAAGAUUCUAGAGAAAGUAAUUGUAAUAGUUUACAAUUUUGCAACGUCGAACUGUGAUAUUUUACAAGACCGUUUUGAAAUUUUUUUGAAAAGAGUCUAUAAGUAUGUAAAUUUGUAUAAUUUGGCUCUUUACUAUUGUAUGUUAGAACUGGAAGAGACCUUAGAUAAUAUAUGCAGUUCACUGCCCUUCUUUUAUUGAUAAGGAAAGGAAAUCCUGAAAGUUGAAUUUACUUAAUUCAAUCUGUUAAAGUGAAUCAAUUGAUUAAUUAAUUGAUGAAGUUACACGGUUACAACUUAAAAUUGUUAUUACAAUUAGUUGUUAUUACAAUUAAGUAACUUAAUUAUAAACCCAGGCCAGGAUUCUCCCUCUAAUAGGAAAUAGAAACUAUUACUAAAAGUAUACAUAGAAUAAAUUAAAAUAAGGGAUGAUAAGAAAAAUAAAUUUAAUUUACUAAUUAUUGUUAAUUAAAAUUUUAAGUACUAAAAUUCAUUUAAUUUAAUAAGGUAACUUUCUUAAAUAAAACUUCAUUUUAUUAAUGAAUAAUGAUUUUCUUAGUAAUUGAUAACAGCACUUUAGACAAAAUUAAGAUUUACACAGGACGUUUAGAUACAUAAUAAAAUUUGAACUACAUAGGUAUAUAGAAAAUUACAUACCUUGAUUAUUAUAAGGUAUAAUGACUUGAGGUUCAGUUUUACUCCAAAUGUACUUUUUUUUUUUUUUUUUUGAGGAAGGUUAGCCCUGAGCUAACAGCCGCGGCCAAUCCUCCUCUUGCUUAGGAAGAUUGGCCCUGAGCUGACA